AUGGCUCCUUUGCUGCUCAGGAACAGCACAAGGACUGCCCUGUCCCGUUCUUUGCGCCUCCCUAAGCAAUUACCUGCUGUCGCCAUCUUGAUUCCGAAUCGCUCCGUAUCUGGCGAGACAUCUACAUCAAACAAUCAAUCCAACUACCCUCCUCCAGGCUUCAAUGCCGACCAGGCCAAGAAGCCUCUGACUUCGCAACAAGACAAGUCCAAGCAAUCCUCCUCUUCCUCGCCAGAUAAGAAGAAGGAGGAAGACAAGAAGCUUACUCUUCGUCAGAAGAUCAUGAAGGAGGUUCAUCAUUACUGGGACGGCACUAAGCUGCUGGCUGCCGAAGUCAAGAUUAGUUCUAAGCUGGCCUUGAAGAUGGCUGCAGGUUACGAGCUUACUCGUAGAGAACACAGACAGUUGCACCGUACUGUCCAGGAUCUUGGUCGCCUUGUCCCCUUCUCCAUGUUCGUCAUCGUGCCCUUCGCAGAGUUGUUACUUCCAGUUGCUCUGAAGCUUUUCCCCAACAUGCUUCCUAGCACAUACGAGGGUCAAAAGUCAAGAGAAGCAAAGGCCAGCAAUCUGCGUGGUACCCGCAAGGAAGUUAGCAGCUUCCUACGCCAGACUCUACAGGAGACUGGUCUGCCGGUCAGCGCCGCGAACGCACAGAAGGAAGAGUUUACCGAAUUCUUCCGCAAGAUCCGCACUACCGGCGAGUCCCCGACAAAAGCUGAUGUUAUCCGUGUCUGCAAGAUUUUCAAGGACGACUUGACUCUUGACAACCUCUCACGCCCGCAACUUGUUGGUAUCUGUCGCUACAUGUCUCUUUCCACUUUCGGUACCGAUGCCAUGCUUCGUUACCAAGUUAGACACCGUAUGCGCCAGAUCAAGCGUGACGAUAGGGCCAUCUCUUUCGAGGGUGUCGAGUCUUUGUCUGUUCCCGAGCUUCAGACUGCGUGUGCCUCGCGUGGCCUACGCACUCAUGGUGUCUCCCCCGCCAGACUGCGCGACGACCUGAACCUGUGGCUCGAGUUGCGUCUCAAGUAUGGAGUUCCAAGCACUCUUCUUGUUCUUUCCAAUGCUUUCAUGUACACUCAGGGCAAGGAUGUAGAGUUUGACUCGCAGAUCGACGCUCUGCAGGCCGUUUUAUCCAGCAUUCCUGAGGAGCUGUUCCACGAGAUUGAGUUGGAGGUGCACACUGCAGAGGGAGCUGCCACUAACAAGCAGCGUCUGGAGGUUCUUCGUGAGCAGCAAGAGUUGAUUGAGGACGAGAACGAACAGAGCGAGAAGCAAAGUGAAGGCGGCAAGUCUGCUCGUGUCAGCGAUAUGGACAACAUUGAUGAGAAGGAGGACGAAACCCGACAAGAAGAUGCGCUUAGACGCGAACACGAAGCCGAAGUGCAGGCUCAAGCAGGUGUUCCCACCUCAUCUGUUGGUAGUCAACAGGCAUCGGAGACAAAGGCCGAGGAGAAGAAGGCUUGA